AUGAGCAACUACACAGCAUUGAGUGGUGGAUCUACAUUUGAAGAUAUCAUUGAAGAAAUAAGGAAGAUGGAUGCAAAAAUAGCCUAAUAAAUGAACCAGAGAAGUUAAAAAUUUAAUUAAAAGGAAUCGGUUCAUCUAAUUGACAAACAAUUGGGAGAAUAAAUAAAAAAGAUAAAUGGAUUGAUAAAUGAAGGGAGAACGUAAUUAAAUAAAAAGAAAAAUCUGUAAGUGUUAUUAAUGUUGAUAGAGUUCUUAAAAUGA